AAUAAACAAAUCAGAACAAGAUAUAACUUUGGUUUUUUUAAAACACUUGAUAUAAUGGUUGAAUUUGAUAAAGGAUCAAUAAAAUCCCAGGAAAAUAAUGAUGCCCAUGACCACAAUGUUCAAGCUGACGAUGAUUGCGAUAAAUUUAAUGCCUCUCGGGCAAAGCAGGUCAAAUUUGAAGGAAAUGAGGUCUUGUCAAUAGAUCCUGUAAAGAGCAGAGAAAAAAAUAAAUCACCUAGAGCGUCAGAUAAUAGCAUAGAUAACUAUUUUGGAUAUAGAGAAGCAUUAAAGUCUGAAAUAACUUCUGUUGCAAACAAUACUUCAAUAACAAGUAAUGCGUUGUCCCUUCCAUUUUUAGCCAGUAUUGCGCAUGAAGGAUUUCAAUUUGAACAAUUUGAAGGUUGCUCUAGUUUGACUAAGCAGUACAAUAGCGCAACAAGUGUUCUUCAGAAUUUUUCUACUUCAAGACCAUUUAUGGAGACAAGUAAUAACAAGUUCAUUGAAAACAAUAAUAACAAUAAUUUUAUGUUUUCAAAGUUCUUUUCUUUACCUGACUUUCCUACAAGUUUGUUACCUAACAAACAUGCAGUUUCAACAUCAAAUUAUCCAUUUGCUGCUUCCUCAAUAUUACCAUCUAACUAUAGUUCUAUACCAAAUUUAAUUAGUUCAAAGUCAACUUCUGCUUUUCAACAGUUUCCACCUUCCUAUUUUCCUUCAAUUAUGUCAAGUGGAUUUACAACAUUAGGAACUAAUAGUUAUUCUUCAUCUAUGAAUGCUCAAAACUGUUUUAACUCCAAGCUUGGUGUUGCUGACACUUUGAAUAACAACUUUAUGUAUACCAGUAAUUUUUUUAGUGGUAUAGGUGCUAAUAAACUUGCGUCUUAUCCAUACACUCAGGGUUCUACUCACAUCUAUCCACCAUUUAUAAACAGUAAUAUUUUUUCACCAAAUACAAUUCCAAAUGUACUCGAAAGUUCACUUAAUCAGGUGAUUCCUAAUUCAGCUUAUAAAAUUGAUACUAUGAUGUCUGGAGAAAGCAACACUAUGCAGAGUACUGGAGCAACAGAAGUGACAGACUCGUCUUUCUCGCCUACAAUGCCUUGUGUAAACAAUGUUCAUUCUCAACAUGAUUUUGAAUCGCGCAUGCAAUUUGAGAGCAGUUCUUAUAAUGGCAUUUACUGUGAUUUAAACCAAUCAUCAACAGAGUAUAACAAUGCAAAACCAUCAAGAAAAAAAAGUAAACAGAUAAGCGUAAAGAAAAGUCUCAAAUCGAAAAAAAAUUUAAAUAAUGAGCUCAAUCAUAAUAUUAAGAGGGUUUUCAUUUGGGACUUAGAUGAUGUUAUUAUUGCUCUUCAUUCUCUUGUGACUGGUGAAUAUUCUACAAGGUUUGGAAAGGAUAGUUCAUCUACAGCUUCUUUAGGACUACGUAUAGAAGAAUACAUAUAUGACCUUUGUGUCACUUUUUUGUUUUAUAAUGAUUUAGAGGAGUAUGACCAAAGUCAUAUUGAUGAUGCCUCUGUUGAUGAUAAUGGACAAGAUAUAAGUGAUUACAGUUUUGAGACAGACGGUUUUAAUAAUAACACUUCAAAUAAUGCAAUGCAGUUUUCAACAAAUGGAAGGAGAGGUCUUGACUGGAUGAGGAAAUUGGCAUAUCGAUACAGACGAAUUAGAGAAAUAUAUGACAGUUAUCGCAAUAACAUAGAAGAAAUAAUAAGUUUGAAUAAAAGAGAUCAAUGGGUACCAUUAAUAAUAGAACUAGAGCAAAUUACUGACUCCUGGCAUACAUUAGCAUAUAAGUCUCUUAAUAUCAUUUAUCGCAGACCAAAUUGUGUAAAUGUUCUGGUUACUAAAACCCAUCUUGUUCAAAGUAUUUCUAAAUGCCUUCUGUUUAAGCUAGCAAAUUUCUUUCCAAUUGAAAAUGUCUACUCCGCCAGUAAAGCAGGCAAAGAGUCUUGCUUUCAACGUAUUCAAACUAGAUUUGGAACUAAAUGCACUUAUGUUGUUAUAGGCAGUGGAAGAGAUGAAGAAAUUGCAAGUAAACAGUUAGGAUUUCCCUUUUGGCGCAUAAGCAACCAUACAGAUCUGAUCAACCUUCAGCAUGCUUUGGAAUUAUGCCAUUUAUAAUAUUUUUAAAAUGGUGCAGGGAUGUGGAGUCCCAAAAAGAUGGAUGUGAAGGAUGUGAAUUCUCUAAAAGGGCUUUGGCUUUAAAUCUCUAUUUUUUCUGAUUUCUGGUGUCCAAGAGCUUUAAAAGUGUUAAGUGACUUAAUCAAUUUUUAUUACAUAAUCUGCAACAAAAAAAGAAGUUCGUGAGAUUUUUGAGCUCGUAGUUUCCAAAAACCAGCAAGAAAUAAUCAUUUUGUGACUUUUAAAACUGGAGACUUUUUUGGGAUUCUGCAUCCCUGAUUAGAUAAUGUAUGGUGGGUAUAAUACAGUAGUGUGGUGGUAUGAUAAAUGCAGUUCUCCACAAUAGCUUUUAACAGAGUAUAAAACUUUAUUUCUAAAUCCAGCAUUAUUUUUGAUUUUCUAUCUGUCACUUUAUUUCAUUUUUUAAUAAUGCUGCUACUCAUAAUAAGUAUUAAUGAGUUUUAAGUCAUAACAAAGUCAUUAAAAUAAUUGUAAGUCAUAACAAAGUCAUUAAAAUAGUUGUAAGUCAUAACAAGGUCAUUAAAAUAGUUGUAAGUCAUAACAAGGUCAUUAAAAUAGUUGUAAGUUAUAACAAAGUCAUUAAAAUUUUUUAAAGUUGUUAUAACUUUUACAGAUAACACAAGAAACAUCAGUUUUUUAAAUAACCAAAGCCACCAGUGGAUGUGGAAACACACUAACAGUACUUCUCAUUUACCUGAGUAGAAAAAAUAAAUUCAUUUCAUAGAAAAAUAGCACACAGAAAAAAAAAACUGUAUAAAGUUGCUACUAACAAGUUUCACUCUAUUUUAAA